UUUAAUUAUGCAUUUGUCAAUAAUUGAAUUGAUAUUGCAGUUGCCACAAAAAGCAAAGUAAAAAUUAUAAUCGUUUACAAUAAUUCUUUGACUUCAGUCUUUUCUCUUAAGCAUUAAUUCAAAAGUAGAAAACAUGGAAUCAAAAAACAGAAAAACUAAAUUAUCGUCUAAGAAAAGCACUGUCCAAAAUGAAGCAUCGGACAGUGACAUCAAUUUUACUGAACCUGAAGAAGAUAAUAGUGAAGACGAUGAAGAACUUUCCGAAGACGACAUUGACGACGAUGAUGAUGAUGAUGGUAAUGAGGACGAUGUUAUUACUUCCGACAGUGAUGAUGAGGAACUCAAUCUGGACCAAUUCGAUUUCGAUUAUGUUGCUGAUUGUGUUAAACUAUUAGAAAAUCAUGCUGACGUUAAUUUGGAAAAUUCGAUUGUCAUCAAUCGAAAGCUACAAGAAACAUUACAGGAAAUGCGAAAUAAGAUUAUUUCAAUGAUCAAGAAGUGUCGAGAUAUAUACGAAGAAAACCAACGCAAGCUUGCCAAUCCAUCGACUAUAACCUCGGCUUUGAAAGGAAUCGGAAACCUAGGCAGACCGUUUUUCAAGGAUAAAAUUGGAAGACAUUGUCCACCGAAUGCCGAUUAUGUUUACCGCAGUGAAGUCGAGAAAGAAUUCUUUCCCAGCGAUUUGGAACUGUAUCCUCAUUUUAUUUGGACAGCCAGAGAUAAGGUGGGAAUACUGCAGGGAAUCAAAGAACAGGCUAUUGAGUACAUUGAACGAAAGGAUUCAUAUGGAAAGCAAACUAAUGCCAAAUCAACUGCCUUAAGUAAAAAAGUCAAACUACACUCAUUCAAAUUAAAAAAACUUCUGGAAAAAGUCGAUGAGGAAUUCGAAAUCGAUUGGAAUCAAAUAUCAGUAUAUAAUUUGGGCUCUCGUCAUACAGCAAAUAGUUGUUUGGCAAGUUGGAAUGCUUAUCUAAAGCCAGAAAUCAAACGGGAUGCAUGGACAGAGAAAGAAAAUAUGAAACUAAAUGAACUUGCAAAGAAAUAUAAAUUUCAAGAUUGGAUUGGAAUAGCUUCGGAAAUGCCUGGUAGAUCUGAUUAUCAAUGUUUUGUUCAAUAUCAGACAGUGGUUUCGGUAAAAAUGAGAGAAGAUAAGGGCGAGCGUUGGACUAAGGAAGAAGAUGAUUUGUUAUUGUCGCUUGUGGAAAAAUAUCGAAUGGGUAAUGUGAUAAGAUGGAAUCCGAUAUGUUCUCAGUUGCCAAAUCGAACGAAAAAACAAUGCUUUGCCCGGUGGAAGUACAGUAUUAAUCCCAAUAUAUCAAGAGCACAAUUUACUCCGCAAGAAGAUUGUAUUAUUUUAGCUGCCGUAGAAGAGUUUGGCGAAAACUUCAAUUGUUUCCCCAAAGAUCUGUUUCCAAAUCGAACGGUCGUCCAAAUCCGAAACAGAUACAAUAAUUCAAUAAAACCUCGUGGCGAAACCCGCCAUUGGUCACCCGAAGACGAUCAAUUGCUUCUAGAUCUCAUAGCAAAGUAUGGCGAACACGAUUGGAAGAAUAUAUCCGAAUCAAUAAAAAGUCACACUCGAACAAGUUGUCGCACUCGGUAUUUGACAAUUGCAAAAUUUUUCAAAGACAAUCCCGAUGCAACAGUUAAAGAUAUCCCGCGAAAAAAAAGAAAAUCUCGAUCCAAUGUUACCAAACACAAUUGGGUGCAAACAAUCACCGGUUGUCCGGAGGAACCAGAAGUCAAAGAUCCCACUGAAGUUGAGAGCAAAGAGCUAUACCGUUCGAAAUUGCGCAGCAACGAACUACAGUGGUACAAUUUUUUGAAAUACUCAUAUGACUAUAAAUUCGGCGAAGGUUAUAGCAAGGUUCCUAAUUGCUUAGCGAGUUUAGAAUUUGUGCGGUAUGUGUUCGAAUGCAAAUUGACUAUGCCAAUUGUUUUACGUGGGGGCUAUGCCAAGGGAUUUGUUGCUGUGAGUUUAACCAAACUCAUACGGCUGCAUGAGCAAGAUGAUAAGUCAUUGGUGUUUGAGAGACCUGAUGUGGGUUUCAAAUUGCCUCCAAGUUAUUGCACUCUACUAGCCUUUCGAGGGCUUUGCAUUCAGGCAUCUUUCAAUGAUGACAAAGAUAAAGUUGAAACAAGUACCAUUGAAUUGCCUGCCAAUGUGAUAGAAGCAAGAAAUAAGUUUCGUCAGCGUCUCAUAAGCCUACUAUAUAAAACAACUCUUCUUAGCCGUCUAGAACCCAAGACGUCGGUGGAGCAUAAUACGUUCAACGUGAUUUUCGAUGCAAGCACUCAAUUGGGUCGAGUUGCAAGCAUAAAUUUGGCCGAACUCAAGGUUGCUCAGAUGAAUAAAAUUGCUGAAAACCUUCGAAUUGCCCAAGAAAAAGCCGACAAAAAUCGAAAGUAUAAAGAAAAAAUGAAAAAGAAACAGAAUCAAGGCUACCAAAUAUCACCAACGAAGGUUGUUGCAGAAGAUAACAAUAACAAGAAUAUAGACGACUUCAGAAGUAAAAUUAUUCAAAAACAAAAGGUGAAUAAACCAAAGCAAAAAAAGACAAUUACAAUGGCUGAACUCUUGAAUAUUGUCAAUCUUACCACAAGUAAAGAUGAACGCGUUUGUCCACCGCAAUCAACUGAACAGCCAAAACAGAUUACUUUAGAAUUAGAAAACGCUUCCAAGUCGACGAAGUCAUUAGAACAACCCAACGAUACAAUAUUAGAAUUAGAUGAACCCUUGCAAACGAUCGUAGCUACUACUAAAGGUCUGCCUGAUCUACAAUCUACGGAUCUAAGUGAGGAGACUAAGCCACUCAGCUCAAAGUAUAAAACUUUUGCCACACAAAAAGCAAUUGGAAAGCGGAAGUUUGAGGAGAGCUUAAUAAGUUUUGAAGAAUCUGUUCGUUCUGGGGGAAAACGAAUUAAAAGGGAGAACGAAUAAAUUAUUGAAAUUUACUUUA